AUGGAAGCAAGGGUCGAAGCUUUAGAGAGUGAGAUCUCGAAGGUGCGAUCUACUCUCGUCGAUGUGCAGAACUCAGUAGCAACAAACCAUGUUAACCUGAUAGCGAUGCUGGAAAAGUGUCUGGGUAAGUCGUUGACGGAGGAUGAAGGAGACGAGAGUGUUUCCGUCAAAGGGUCGACGGUGGUCAGAAACAAAGGCGGUCACGGGAGCACCAUUGUAAACAACUUACGUGGAGAUGCUUUGACGGAGUUCCGUCAGUCUGUUAAGAAGGUGGAACUUCCCGCUUUCGACGGUGAGGACCCAGUAGGAUGGAUAUCACGAGCCGAGGUAUACUUCCGCGUUCAAGACACGACGCCGGAAAUGAGAGUGAACUUGGCGCAACUGUGCAUGGAAGGUGGAACAAUUCAUUUUUUCAACUCUUUAAUUGGAGAAGAAGAAAGGUUGACAUGGGAAGCACUGAAAGAGGCAUUGUUGGAGAGGUAUGGAGGACACGGUGAUGGCGAUGUCUAUGAGCAAUUAACGGAACUAAAACAAGAGGGAACGGUGGAGGAGUACAUCACUGAGUUUGAGUAUUUGACAGCUCAGAUCCCGAAACUCCCCGAAAAACAGUUUCGUGGGUACUUCCUACAUGGGUUGAAGCCGGAGAUUAGAGGGAAGGUGCGAAGCUUAGCGGCGAUGGGGGAGAUGAAUAGAACGAAGUUGCUCCAAGUAACAAGAGUUGUUGAGAGGGAGGUAAGAGGUGGAAAUGGCACGAGUUUUAAUCGUGGGCCCAAAUCUGGGUAUGGGUCGACUCACAAUGGGUCAUCCGGAAGAAAAAAUGGAUCUGAUUGGGGCAUGAUAAGAGGGAGAGAUAUUGGGUCGAAUGGAGGUGUAAAGAGUGGGUCAAGUGGGUUCAUAGGAGACAAACAGGCCCAAAUUGAUAAGAAACAGAUUGGGCCUCGCGAUAGGGGUUUCAAACAUUUGUCUUAUAAUGAACCAAUGGAGAGGAAGCAGAAGGGGUUGUGUUUUAAAUGUGGAGGUCCCUUCCACCCUAUGCAUCAAUGCCCUGAUAAACAACUUAGAGUUUUGGUUGUGGAGGAUGAUGGAGAUGAGGAAGAAGAGGCUAAACUGUUGGCUGUAGAGGUGGAUGAAAGUGAUGAAGAGAAGGGAGAGAUGAGUCUGCUUAACUUGCAUCACAUUGCACACAAAACUCACCACACUAUGAAAUUCCAAGGAUCAAUACAAGGAGUGGAGGUACUGAUUUUGGUAGAUAGUGGGGUAACACAUAAUUUCAUAUCUCAAAAGCUAGUCCACCAAAUGGAUUGGCCUGUUGAAACCACUCCUCAGAUGACUGUCAAAUUGGGGAAUGGGUUCCAAGUGGCAACACAAGGGGUGUGUAAGGAGAUGGAAGUAUGUAUUGGAGAAUUUAAACUAAGGCCAGAGAUGCACUUAUUUGAGUUAGGUGGAAUUGAUGUGGUUUUAGGCAUUGAAUGGCUUAAAACAUUGGGAGAUACUAUUACUAAUUGGAGGCAACAAACUAUGAGUUUUUGGAGUGAAAAAAAGUGGGUGACCCUUAAAGGACAGGAGGGGUGCAGGGAGUCUGCAGUAGCCUUGCAAAGUAUACUAAAAAAGCAGAAGCCCAAAGGAGUUAGAGACAACACGUUGACUGCACACCAACAAACGGAGUUGGACAUCAUAUUACACAAAUAUGAGCAAGUUUUCCAAACACCUACUGGUCUACCACCCAGGCGAGAUAAGGAACACGCAAUCACCCUGGUAGAAGGACAAGGAGCGGUAAACGUGAGGUCGUAUCGUUACCCCCACCAUCAUAAGAACGAAAUAGAGAAGCAGGUGAAAGAGAUGUUGGCCGCAGGGGUCAUUAGGCAUAGCACGAGUUCGUUCUCAAGUCCGGUAAUCUUAGUGAAGAAGAAGGAUUGCACGUGGAGGAUGUGCAUUGAUUAUCGUGCCCUAAACAAGGUUACUGUACCUGACAAAUUUCCCAUACCAGUGAUUGAGGAAUUAUUGGAUGAGCUACAUGGAGCGAAGUUCUUUUCAAAAUUAGAUUUGAAAUCAGGAUGCCACCAAGUAAGGGUGAAGGAGUCUGAUGUGUACAAAACAACUUUUAGGACACAUGAGGGGCACUAUGAAUUUCUUGUGAUGCCGUUUGGACUCAUGAACGCUCCCUCAACGUUCCAAAGUCUCAUGAAUGAUAUAUUUCGCCCCUUGCUGAGAAAACAUGUGCUGGUCUUCUUCGACGACAUACUCAUUUAUAGUAGGGACUGGGAGACUCAGAAGUGUUGA